AUGUCGUUGAUACCUGCUAUUCAUUCGUGGAAUUUAACAAACUAUGCUCGACGAUUAAAUUCAAAUUCGACAUCAAAAAAUGAAUAUAUAUGGUCAUGUCUUGAUGUAAAUCAAACAUCAUUAAAUAUGACAAUAACACCAGCAUUACAAUUGUUGAUAAUAUCAACAGAUCAAUGUAUUGAAGAAUUGAUUGGUAAUGAAAAUGGAAUAAAAUAUCUGAAAAAAAAAGAAACUUUUCGAUGA